ACAGUCGUACCUCACAUAUACCAUUGUACUCGGACAUACCAGCUGCGGAAACUUGUACUGUCAGGAUUUAAAACAAAUAAUCGUCCGAAAUGUUGAAAUUGCGCCAGUUAGUUCUUCGAAUUUGUUUACUGAUGGCAAUGUCUGGACUUAUUCACGCUGAAUUGAAUGGGUUCCGUUUGGUAGGUGGGAAGAAGCCAAACCAGGGCCGUCUCCAAGUUCGUUUCGAUCACAGUUCUAGCUAUCAAUAUAUGUGUGGUGAUGCGUGGACUGUCCAAAACAGCAAAGUAGUAUGUCGUCAGUUGGGAUACCCGGGUCUUGUACGAGACUACAGAACUACAUCCGAGGUAUCGUUUGUAACCAGUUCUGAUGGCGAUACUGUUUCUAACGUCGCUUCAGUGCGGUGUCAAGGAAGUGAAUAUGACCUUGCUUCCUGCCCCAGUAACCACAGCGUAGUAUCUUGCUCUAUCGACCAAACAGUGUCAAUCGUGUGCCACGAUUUCGGAUAUCUCGGCUGUUUUCGGCAGCGUCCGCAUGAAAUCGGACUCGUCCCGAACGCUGUGCGGUUUAAUUAUGACAUCACAAACAACGACGAGUGCAUUGAGAGGUGCAGCGCGGGGUAUGACUACGCCGGUAGCUCUGGGCCAUUGUGUAUCUGCACGUUUAAGCACCCCUCAGUGGAGUUGGAUCCGAGCACAGAUGAAGAGUGCAGUGAGAGAUGCGGCUCUAACUCCCUUCAAGCUUGUGGCAGGAGCACAGAAACCAGACAGCAGGCAUUCUAUACGUUUUACAGUACUCGAGAAGGACUUUGCAAUGCAGCAUCUGCUCCAGCCAAUGGGAACGUAACUGGAACAUUUAACCGCUAUGGUGAUAUCGUUACUUUUCGCUGCAACGCAGGGUACGACUUGAUUGGAAUGGACAGUCUACAAUGCCUCGUGACAUCAGAAAACAGCAGCGAAAUAUUCUGGAAUGGAAUGCCUCCUAUUUGUUUUGCUUCUAAUUCAGUACCGUCGUUAGUACCAACCUCGUCAACACAAUCAACAAUGGUCUGGCCUCCCUCGACUACGCCUUCUACCCAAGCUACAUCUCAAGCACUGUCCAGUUCAAAUCCGACCUUAACCGGAAGCAGUCGAACUACCUUACCCGGAAGCAUUACAACUGAAGGAAGUAACAACGAAAGAUUGUUAGAUGUGAAGUUCAUCGCUCUCUUAUCUGGCUUGACCAUCAUGUCGGUGUGUUUUAUCAUCCUCGUCGUGGUCUUUGUAUGCUGCUUUGUAUUAAGGCGCAACAAAAGAAGCAGUGGUGAAGUAGAGCUAGAAUUACAACCCAUGCAGUGUCCCUCACCACUUUCUCAUCCAGACUGUCAUCUGCGAGGUGCCGUCAAAAACGAUUACGUGAGUGGUACGGAAAAGGGUAACGUGGGUGACGUCACUGCCCUGGACGACCACGACAGUCAAGUUCAUCACAACUACUGUUCGUUUCGCCAGGAACCAAACGCAGCCACGAACCUCGGUAGAACCGACAAGCGCGGUUCAACCGAACUCCUGGUUGACGACGAGGGUGUCGAUAACGAGUACGCGUGCACGUAUGAGUGCGCGUACGAGUGCAUCGACGUUGACAAGACGGAUGCGAAGAGAAUGUCGGACACUUCUAUGAUACUAGCUAGAUCAGUUGCUGCCAAGGAGACUCACAGCACUCACAGAUCCAUGGGUCAACUCCACGAAGGAGACGUUGGUCCCAUGAGGCCCACUUCAAUGAAGGACCACGAAUACACUUACAUCGCGAACGCACAUACCCCUCCCUUUCUCUCCGAAAACCGAAAUACGGCAUACGAAACUCCCAUGGACCCAUCCUCUGCUCAUGUUUUCCAGGAGGUAAACCGCCCUCUUGGUCAGGAGCUGCACCAAGAUACAAGUCAUUAUCUGAAUAAAAACGUUAUCCAUCCUCGUUCCCGGGCCAAUCGGGACAUGAACCACAAUUAAUAGAAGACAUUAACAAUUAGUAACUAAGCUAUUCCGUUUCUGCAUGUACAUGACGAUCUGUUAUAUCAUUCAUAUGUAUGUCAUUUGCAAUAAGUUCUUUCUUUCUUUGUUUUGUAUGUUCUAUGUGUAUUAUCUUGUUUUCUAUAUGAUUUAUAUGCGAUUGGUUGGACGUUGAUGACACGGAUUUAUAUUUUUAUUCUUGAUUGUUAUUGCAUUUUUUCCUUCUUUUUCAAACAAGGCUUCAUGGAACAUCAUGGAACAACUAUGAAAAUGUACUACCCCAUAUUAAUGUCAGAAAUACAUAUUUUGAAAAGCAGUCUUCUCGGCUGACGUGAUAUUAACUGUGAAUAAAUCAAUUAAAUCAAAAGUAGACUUUGACCACAUUGUCUACAAAGAUAGCCAUGAUUACUAUAAUAUGUAAGAAAAAGGAAAUAAGACACGAACAGAAUGAAUAUUUCUUGGAAUCGUUCCUGAGUGAUAAAUAUAAAUGAGUUUUAUUUAAAUAAUAAUUGCGUGACAAUGUCAAUAUUUCAAGAAAGUAAUAUAUAUACAAGUUCAAUCAGAGUUUUGAUUAUCAAAGGCUGAAAUGAUUGACAAAUGAAGUGGAUAUAAUCAAAUGCUAUCUUUAAAAACGAGUUUAUUCAAACUAAAGCAUUUGAUUUGUUUUGCACUCUUAAACAGAAGCUCAACUAAACGACCAACAAAUUUAUGUAUAUACGAUGAGAAUAAGUUUCAAUAAUAUCACUUAACGUAUCGAAACUGAAUCUUGGAUGUAGCAAAACUGCCAACGUAUUAUUGAUGAGACCACGUGUAUACAUAAGAAGCUGUGUUUUAAAACAUUUCAUAUCCUCUUAUUGAUAGUUUUUUGAUUUAGAUAACACCGAAAAUGAAUAAUACAAUGUAGAGCGUAUGUAAAACAUAUAUUAUGGGUUGAUAAUUGAUUGCAAUGCGUUCCACAGCAUGCGAGAGACUUUAGUACACAAUUCAUACUGUUUUAUAGAGGGAAACGGGAGAGAGGUGUGGGGGCAGGAUAUUGACGAUAUAUAUAACAUUCGGAGGCAUUACAUUUCCCUUUACAUCACGUAGUCAGAAUUUUACUAUAACUCAGCUGGUAAGGAAUUGAACAGAAAUACAAAUUGAUCAAUUAGAAAAUAUAUUUUCCAUAGCAAGAAAACCAAUUUUAUGAAUUUAAAAUCUUGUAAUGUCAUCGGGUCGAUUAAAGCUCAACUGCACUACUUAUAGCUGCUUGCGCCCUCUAAAUAGCAAACAAUGCCUAAUCGGUGCCUGUUGGUCCCCCAUAGUCCCUUUUGAGGGCUGAUUUGAAGAAAUAACCACCUGUCAGUGACCUUGCAGGGAGGUCUAAUCCCUCCUGGCCAAACUAGUGCAAACGGGCUUUAAUAGUUGUAAUUUUGGUGCACUCAUACCUUACUUCCUUGUGCACGUGUCAAUGAUAAUCUACCACAUUACUGUAUUAGAUUACUUAGUAAUUACAUUAUUGCGACAUUCCAAAUACUGCGGAAUCACAUAUAUAAGAUUAAAUAAAUGCAUAAAUGAUAUAUA